AUUCUCUGGGAAUUCCAGCCCAGCCCGUCCCCACCCUCCCAGCCGGGAAUUCCUUCCCAAUAUCCCACUCACCCCUGACAACUCCAAGUGUCUGUGGGUCACAAGAACCCCAUGGAAUGCCCAAGGCUGGAAUUCUGCCUGGUGGGAAAGGACCUGGGAAUAAUUCCUGCCUGGAAAGCUUUUCCAACCCUGACACAGCUGCCCGGGGCAGGGUUGGAGUCCCCAUUCCUGGUGGGAUUUCAAAUCCCUAUGGAUUUGGGGGGGACAUGGAUCCAGGGUGGCCUUGGCUGUGCCGGGAAUGCUUGGACUCGCUGAUUCCAGAGGCUUUCCACCCAAAAUAAUUCCAUGACCCCACUCCCGGCGUUCCCUUUUGCUUCCCCCGCACCUUUUCCCCCUCUGGAUCUUCCCACCCCGAUCACCUUUCCCUGCCCUACACCUGUCCCUAAUUCCCACCAUUCCAGGUCGGGAUUGCCCCAAAGCAGCUCCAGAGGCCGAGAUUUUUCCCGGAGGGAUUUUUCCCAUCCCUGCCAACCUCCACCCCCCGUUCCCACCAGUUAUAUCUCAUUCCCAGCGCUGAUUCCCGGUCGGUUUUAUCUUUAACCUUGACUCCCAGCCUUUGGAAAACACGACUCCAGCGGUUUCUCAUUCCACAGGAAAAAAAACCCACCUUUUUUCCCCUGUUGUUUGGCUUUCCUUGGAUAAUUUUGGGAUUUCUCCUGGUUCCCAUGGCAGGGGGGGUUUUGAGGCUCCCGGGGAAGGAUCAUGAACAAACUGGGAAUGUUGGAGCGGGCGGAAAAUAGGGAAGGGGGGAAAAGCAGGAACGGGAACAACGCCAGGUGGACGCUGCCCCUGGAAAAUCCCGGGGAGGGGGAGGGAUCAUCGGGAACCCCAGUCCCGAAGGAAAGAACCGAGCAGCUUCCAGAGGGGAGGGAGAACUGGAUAUGGGGAUCCCUGGGAUCCCGAAAUUCCCGCUGGGACAAACAGGGGGGGAGGUCACGGCCCCGGGAGCGCUGAACCCGCGGGGGCCGAGCCAGGACCGGGAACCUCCCCCUGGAGCUCCAUCCCAGCCCUCCCAUCCCGCCCCACCCUCCGGGAGCACCGGGAACACCGGGAUGCCGCAGGAGGCCGAGCGGAGCCCCCCGCGCCGCCUGCACCGGAGGAGGGAGCGCUGCAAACGGUGCCAGGUCCGCUCCGCCAGCAUGGAAAAAGGAGCCGAUCCCUGCUCCAGCAGCUCGGGAGCCGCAUCCUCGGCGCCCAGCCUGAAGGAAGAAUUGUUGUGUCCCAUCUGCUACGACCCUUUCCGGGAAGCCGUGACCCUUUCGUGCGGCCACAACUUCUGCAAGGGCUGCGUCAGCCGAUCCUGGGAAAACCGGCGCCACGCGUGUCCCGUGUGCAAGGAAAAUUCCUCGCUGGAAGAUCUCCGCGUCAACCACACCCUCAACAACCUGGUGGAGAUGAUCCUGAAGGAAGAGGGGCAGCAGAAAAGACGCGGCGCCGCCCUCUGCCCGAUCCAUCACGAGGAUCCCAAGUUGUUUUGCCUGGAAGACAAGGAGCUGGCGUGUUUCGCCUGCCAGAAUUCCAAGCAGCACGAAGGGCACAAGAUGAGGCCGGUGCAGGAAGCGGCGGCGGAUUUUAGGGCCAAGCUGGCGAACAUGGAAUCUUCCCUGCGGGAUAAGGCCAAGGAUUUCGGGACCGUGCGCCGCUCCUACGAAUCCAUCUCCCGGCACAAUGAGGUGGAGUCGGUGCGGCUGGAGCAGCAGGUGAAGUGGGAAUUCGAGAAGCUGCACAAGUUCCUGUGGGAUGAGGAGCAGGCGGUGCUGGCGCAGCUCCGGGAGGAGGUGCGGCGGAAGCAGGAUCUGAUCCAGGGAAAGAUGGAGCAGCUGAUGGAGGAGAGCAAGGCCCUGCUCAGGGAGGCCGCGCAGCUCCAGGCGGAUCUCAAGGAAGACGACUACACGUUCCUGAUGACCCACAAGAACCGCAAGAGGAGGAUCGCCUGCACGGCCGAGGAGCCGGAGGCUGUUCCCUCGGGAAUGCUCCUGGACGUGGCCAAGUACCUGGGAUCGCUCCAGUACAACGUGUGGAAGAAGAUGCUGGACACCAUCACCGUGGUCCCCUUCAGCCUGGAUCCCAACUCAGCCGCGGGCUGGCUCUCGGUGUCCGAUGACCUCUCCAGCGUCUCCAACCGCGGCUACAAACUCUCCGUGGAAAACCCGGAGCGCUUCACCUCCGCCCCCUGCAUCCUGGGAUCCCGCGGCUUCUCCGAAGGCUUCCACACGUGGGAAGUGGACCUGGGCGGGCUGACCAACUGGAGGGUGGGCGUGUCCCGGCCCCACAGAGGCUCCCUGGACUUUCACCACGAUUCCCGCUCCGGAUUCUGGUACAUCUACCACCUUCCCGGGAAAGACGAGUGCCGGGCGUCCAACGCCGUGCGCUCGGAAGCGGCGCCGGGAAACCUCCAGCGGAUCCGGGUGGAGCUGGACUGCACCGAGGGGGAAUUGUCCUUCUACGACGCCGACCUCCGGAGCCACAUCUACACAUUCCAUGAGAAAUUUGGCGGGGUCGUCUUCCCGUAUUUCUACGUGGGAGGGCCCCAGGGGGGUGCCACGGCAAAGACGCUCAGGAUUUGUCCGCUCCGGGUCCGUGUCCAUGAGGAUAUCCCGGUCUAAGGGUCUCCUACCUCCUGGUGGGGUUCUCCAGGUGCUUUUCCAGGAAAAAAAACCCCAGGGAUAAGAAGAACAUUUGUUUGUAGCGCCUCGGUUUUAUCGUUAAUAAAUGUUAAUAAACUCUU